AUGGAUGCGUUCUCUUCCUUCUUCGAUUCUCAACCCGGUGGCAGAAGCUGGAGCUAUGAUUCUCUCAAGAACUUCCGUCAAAUUUCUCCGGCCGUCCAAAAUCAUCUUAAGCGGGUUUAUCUCACCUUGUGCUGUGCACUUGUUGCGGCUGCCUUUGGAGCUUACCUCCACGUUCUCUGGAAUAUCGGUGGGAUUCUCACAACGAUUGGAUCCAUUGGAAGCAUGAUUUGGCUGCUUUCAUGUCCUCCUUAUGAACAACAAAAGAGGCUUUCUCUUCUAUUUCUGUCUGCUGUUCUUCAAGGUGCUUCAGUUGGCCCGUUGGUUAAAGUGGCAGUCGAUGUUGACCCGAGCAUCCUCAUCACUGCGUUUGUCGGAACUGCGAUAGCGUUUGUCUGUUUCUCAGCAGCAGCGAUGCUGGCAAGACGCAGAGAGUAUCUCUACCUUGGAGGUCUGCUUUCAUCUGGCUUGUCCAUGCUAAUGUGGCUUCAGUUCGCCUCUUCGAUCUUUGGUGGCUCUGCGUCUAUCUUCAAGUUUGAGUUAAAAAACUCGGCAGACAAAGAAGAGAAGAAGAAGAAAAGAAGAAACUGA